AUGGCGUCUACCUCUGAAACCUCUACUGACUCUUCAAAUGAUUCUGAAAAACUUUUUUUUGACGAUGUCGAUAAACACGUAAAUUCUUUAAAUGAAAAAUAUCGCGAGAAAACUGUUAUUAAAAAAGAUACUUAUGAAAAAAUAUUAAUCGCAUUAUUACUCGAAAAAGGUAAGAGCUCUCAAACGCUUUCUGCUAAAUUUAUUUUCUGGUGUCGUAAUAAUUUUCUGCUAUCGAAAAUUGCUGGUAUUGAUGUUGUCUGUUGUGCUAAGAGUAAGAAACCGAUGUAUUUGUAUGAAUCGUUUUAUACUGUUAUAAGUGAGUCUCAUCAAAAUAUAUCACAUGUUGGAAGACAGAAAAUGCUUGCUGAAAUUUCUUCUCAAUAUUCUUGGAUUCCAAAAUUCGUCGGUGAAAUUUUUCUGAAACAUUGUUUUGCUUGUCAAGUGCGUAAACCAGUUAAACAACAGGUUGUUCCCAAACCGAUUAUUUCAUUAGGUGUAAUGACCAGAUUGCAAAUUGAUCUAAUUGAUAUGAGAACACGUCCGGAUGUUGUAUCGAAUGAUAUUGUAUACCAAUGGAUUCUGAAUUGUGUUGACCAUUUUUCGAAAUUCAGUUGGGCGUAUCCAUUACAAAAUAAAUCAGCUAGUGAAGUUGUUAAACGUUUGAGAGAGUUGUUUUAUGUGUUUGGGCCCCCACGUUUGUUGCAUUCUGAUAAUGGUCGUGAGUUUGUUGCUGAUGUUAUUCAAGACUUAAAAGUAUUGUUUCCUGGUAUGGAUUUUGUAAGAGGUCGACCACGACAUCCUCAGUCACAAGGUUGUGUAGAGAGAGCUAAUGGUGUAUUGACUGAUGCAUUAGGGAAAUGGUUAACAACAACGAAGUCACUAAAUUGGUCGGAAGGUCUUGCACCGGUUGUUUAUGGCAUUAAUACAAGAGUUGCAAGUGCAACAAAAUGUACACCUCACGAGCUGAUGUUUGGACAAAAGCCAGGAUGUGACCAAGAAUUCUGGAAGAUUGUACAAGAAAGCAAUAUUGUCGAUGAAGAAUAA